AUGGGGGAGCCGCUUGGCGCCAAGAUGGCGACGCGGGCGCUGGAGCACCUGCUGCAGUAUGGGGAGCCCAUCGUCAGGCGUGCUGUGCCGCUGGCCAUCUCCCUGCUGUCGCCCUCGGAUCCGGAUGCGUCGCUCAUCGACACCCUCAGCCGCCUGAGCCACGACGCCGACACAGAGGUGGCUCAGAACGCGGUGGUGGCGCUGGGCAUCGUGGGCGCGGGCACCAACAACGCGCGGCUGGCGGGCAUCCUGCGCAACCUGAGCUCCUACUACUACAAGGAGCCCACGCUGCUGUACCUGGUGGGGCGGGCUCGGCUGGGCCUGGGUGGACGACGACCCCAGGGGGCUAGAGGCGGGGGGAAAUCGGCGAGGGAGCGCGCGGCGGCACCUAGUGGGCGAGCCGGCUGGGCUUGGGCCAAUGGCAGCCCUGGGGGCGGGCCGGGCCGGGCCCGGGCGUCCGGCAAGCCACCAGGGGACCGGGGGACGGCAGAGGGAGUGGGCGCAUUCCUGUACCUGGUCCGCACGGCCCAGGGGCUGGUGCACAUGGGCAAGGGGCUGCUGGGGCUGAGCCCCUACCACACUGAGAGGCAGCUGCUGUCAGGCGUGGCACUGGCGGGCCUGCUGGCCGUGGUGUUCAGCUGCGAGGACGCCAAGCAGACGCUGGCUGGCAAGUACCCCCACCUGUUCUACUGCCUGGCGGCCGCCAUGAAGCCGCGCAUGCUGCUCUCAUUGGAUGAGGAGGGGGCCCUGCUGCCGGCGCAGGUUCGCGUGGGCCAGGCUGUGGACGUCGUGGCGCAGGCGGGGCGGCCCAAGACAAUCACAGGCUUCCAGACGCACACCACUCCUGUGCUGAUGAACGCCGGGGAGCGCGCUGAGCUGGCCACGGAGCAGUACGUCCCGCUGUCGCCGCUGCUGGAGGGCGUGGUCAUCCUUAGAAAGAACCCCGAUUACAUGGACGUCGCCGAGUGA